AUGAAACUGCAUGAUGUGCUAACUGCAAUAUCUCAAACGCAGAGAUAUGACCCUGACACAGCAGCAAAGGCAGCUGCUGCAACUGUUCUUGCUUCCAAGUUGGGUGCAGAUUCUGGCUUGAAAGUGUAUGUGGGAAAUGAGUCUAAGCUCAAUGCCCCUACUGGAAAGAGCAAUGAUGUUGAAUAUACGCAAUCUGAUGGGCUCAGAAAUCGAAACCAAUUGCAUACAAGAUCCAGUGGCACAGGGAGCACUGUAAUUCAUCAUCCUGAUGAAGAAACGUUCUAUCAUGCGGGUAAUGAGGUUCCUGAGACUUCUGAGCAUAAUCCGCUGGUUGUUGAACAUCGCCAUAAUCCAAGAUCGGCCACGCAUGAUGGUGGAUGGAUGGCUUGAAUUGCAACAUUGCUUGUAGGAGAGGA